ACAAACAGCAGUCAGUCAGUAACCAGCAAAGCGCAUUGGGUCGUCGUCGUCGUUAACUCGUCGGUUCACGAUAGUGUUGUAGUAUUUCAGCAAACGCAACAGAAGGAAGAGAACCCCAGUUCGAGAUUUGCUGGGAAAAGUGCAAAAUUUGUCCCGUUUAUCAGCGUUUUUCGCGUCCCAAAUCGCGAUGGAGGUGGAAAGCAACGUCAUCAAGGACGAUUCCUCCCGAGGCAGAAUCAGAGGUGUUGCUGGUCAGCACCACCAUAAAGGUGGUACCAAGAGCCACCAUGCGAGCAAUGUCAACACUGGCAAUACCGUCACGGUCAAAGUUGGUCUGAAUAUGAACAUCUGCAGACUGUGCCUGACGGAGGGUACGGUCAAUUCACGAUUGCAACCGGUUUACUACACUAAGGAUACCGCGGACGAGCCACUGCUGCAGAAGAUUCUGGAUCUCACCACGAUACAGGUAACAUACGCAACGGAUUUUCCUUCGUCUGUAUGUAUUAACUGCAAGGCAAAACUGGAGGAGUACAGUCACUUCCGCCGACAGUGCAUAGAAAAUGAUGAACUCCUACGGAUGAAGUAUUACGAAAUCAAAGCUGCUGAAGAUUACCACCUUCAACAACAGCAGCAGCAGCAACAGCAACAACAGCAGCUACACCAGAAUCAACCAAUCGAACACGAAAUCGUAGAGGAAGUCAAAGCUGAGGAAUACAUCGACGAUACCGACGAUAUCACGCUGGCCAUCGAUGAAUCGGCCGAUGCAGAUGAAGAAUUUCAAGAAGAUAGCGAUGAACAACACCAGCAGCAACAGGGGCAAGUGGUUGAACAACAAACGAUCCAGUACGUGGCGGCUGAUGGCACUAUGACCGAGUAUGUUGAAUCGGGCGAUGUUAGGACAGUUUCCAGCUCUUCGCAGCAACAACAAAUUCACAUCAGUGGAUACAGCGAAGGAGAGACUAUACAAGCUGGCGAGGCACACGAAAUUUACUACACUGAUGGCAACGACACCUACGCAAUUCAAACGACGGCCGAGGGCUACGUGAAUGCUGCUAACUAUGUUCCCCAGGGGUAUGAUAAUCAAACUGAAAUCGAGUGCACGACCAUUGAACACCUCCCGGAAGAGGAAGUUUAUAUGGAAGAGGGAGGUGAAGCUGGAGUUGGAAGCGCUAUCACUCCACGGGGAGUUCACGAUCGACCAUUUGUGUGCAAACACUGCAAAACUAGCUUCAAAUACGAGUACAACUAUGAGAGACACAUGAAGAAUCAUGCGAAAGUUCUUUACAGGUGCGGCAAAUGCUCAAAAACAUUCACCAAGCAGAGAAAGUGUCAACAGCACUUCCUGAAGGCCCAUUCCUCUCAGCGGUACGAGUGCGAUAUCUGCUUCAGGACAUACAGUCUACCAACACGUUUGGAGAAUCACGUCAUCGAAAUGCACUCGGAAAAUGGAAUCUACAAAUGCGAUCGAUGUACAGAGACCUUCACCUCCUAUCUAGAUUUCAAAUCUCACCGCAACAGCCAUCACAGUAUUAACGGGUCCAAUGCCGCAACUGUGAUUGCCCAGACCGUGGAACAACAACGACCGCAAACCAUUCAGCAGAUUCAAUCUCCUCAGCCUCACAUAGCGCCUCAUACGACCACGUCCGUCAGUACACGCUCCUCGGUGUCGGAUAACUGCGAUUUCGAAGUUAUGAUCGACGAAACCAAGAUCCCCAAACCGGCGACCGGAGCCGAUUCUGGUGACGAAAAACGACCACUUGUGGUGAACGCUAGCAGUUCCACCCAGGAUCAGGAUAUCAUUCUGAUUGACGAUGAAGCAGCGUCCGCCAGUGCGGCGAACAACAACAACAUCAACAAGCUCCCUACAGCAACGGUAGUAGUCUCCACAAGUACCAACAGUGUCAUCAGUGGGGGGAAAAUAGUGACCACAACCAGUGCUGGUACCGUCGUAACCAAUGCACUGGCCGCAGCGCAGCCAAUCGUCAGUAGUGUGCAACAACCGCCGCCAGCGACGACGGCCACGACGGUCAUUACGAAUGGUAUCGAUAAGAAUAGCAUGCAUCGGCAGUUGCUGCAGCAGAUCGAGGAAAGUGAAGCCAACUCGACGGGGCCCAAAAUCUACAAGUGUGACAGCUGUACGAAGAAUUUCGUACACUUGAACAACCUGAAGGCGCACAUCUACGCGGAACAUGACAACGACAAACCUUUCAAGUGCAAACUGUGCCCCAUCUCGUUCAAGACGAAGGAGAUCCUAGUGAUGCAUAUGGUAUUACAUUCUCAGCACAACACGGCAACUUAAGAUUGUGCGGACUGCGCUUAAGCUGUGCAUCAACAAUCCAAGAUGUUUUUAAAACUAAGGAAUGCAAACCAACAAUGUUAUUUAAACAAAUCUCACAAGGAAAAUUUUCUAACCCUUAAAAGGAAUUUUUCUCCUUCCUAUCUAAAUAUAUGUAGCAAAUGAACAAAAUUAAAACUAUUACAAACACCCACACAUGUAAUACAAAAACCCAAUCGUAAUACAAUAUAUUACAGACGCAUAGAAUGCUUUCAAAUAGAAACAAAAAUCACAAGGAAAAAACAAAACAGGAUAGCGAACUAAAAUUAUAACUUCUGUAUAAAAAAGUGAAAAUAACUAUUAGUAGUUAGUAAGAAAGUACUAGAAAAAGUGACGAUGAUUUCCUUGUUUCAGUUUUUUUUUUCAUAGAAACUUUAAUAUAUUUUUAUUUAUGCGAAAUUUCAUGUUUUCUACGUUUAAGUUUGUCCUCGAAUAAAAUCGAAAAAAAAAUCAAAAAACGGCUCGCUUGCAAUAGUAGUUGCUCAUAGGAUUAUUUUCGUAACGUUAGUAUUGUUCUCGUAAAUAGAUAAGUGAUCCCUUCCCUAGAACGUAAGUUUAAAACUUGCUUCGGAUGGUGCUUUCUCCUCCCGAGAUCCCUUUUAUCAUACACGAUUCAUGAAUCGCUAAUCUCGCUCUCAUGUAAGUAGUCCUUUUUUAAUGAUAAAACAGAAGAUUUUCCUAUAGUUGGAGGUAAGACGAGUUUGAGUUAAGAUGGUGUGUGAAAUGUAAUCACAACUGAGUUGUUAAUUAAACGAGGGACACAAUUUUGAUUUCCUUAAAAGUAUGUUGCAGUUUUGGAGCCAAGUGUGAAUGUGUAUAAAAAUGUUUGGAAUCGGUUCUUCCAAAAUAAAACUAAAAUACCUAUCGAAAUGCUUGAUUCAAUGCGUGUAAAGAGAGAUAAGUACUUUCUUUUAAAUUCGUUAGAUUGCAAACAAAUGUGAAUCAAAAAAUCCCUUCUGUAAUGUGAUCGAUGUGAUCUGGCUAUAGUUUAGGAAUGUUAAUUUUGUAUAUGAUUUUAAAUAUUGAAUGCGACAGUUUUCCAAGCAGAACAAACAAGUUAUUUUUAAUUAAAACUACAAGAUCACUAGAAACUGUUCUGUUGCAAUAGCUGUGAGAAAGAGAGUGUGAGAAUAAACUACGAAAUAUAUGUAAGUGAAGACCGUGCGAAAGGGAGUUGAUUUUCGAUAUAUUUUAUUGUCACUGUUAGGUGAAGAGAUUGGAGUGUCUGAUGCGAGUUUCAUAGUGAGUAAAAAAAAUGCGGAACUUACUUCGCUAAAAAGUAGCAAACCGACUACAUUUCGUUACGUUAAUGUUGCUUUUUAUUUUUCGCCCCAUUUUUUGGAUCAUUUCGUUUAUCAUCAUCGUUGAAUGCAUAAAGAACAAAACAUUAUUUAGGUAGACUUGCGCACUGAGUUUGCUAGUGCUUAGAAAAUUAUUAACCGUCGAGUGACGAGGGUUAAUUUAUGACACAAAACCAGAAUGAAACUGAUUAAAAUAGGAAAAUUGAAACUAAAUUAUGAGAAUUCUCGAAGUUCUUGAAUGUCGCCAUGAAAUAUGAAUAUAAAGUGUUCCAAAAAUA